GAGUUGGCAGUACUAGAUUUACCGCCUGCCCUAUAUAUUCGAAAUGGCUUGCUUUAGGUCAGGUGCCCGUCUCUGCAGACAAGUUUUAUUCAACAGUUCGUCUUCUCCUAAAUUAUCUACAUUUUUCAUGUCACCAAGAUGGAUAUCAUCAGGAAAGUAUGAAUACUUAAUAGUGGAAAAGAAAGGAGAAAAGAGCAAUGUUGGAUUCAUUCAACUCAACAGACCAAAAGCAUUAAAUGCCCUUUGUGCGGGUCUCAUGUCUGAAAUGGAUCAAGCAGUGAAGGGUUUUGAAUCAGAUGCUGACAUUGGUUGUAUUGUUUUAACAGGCAGUGAGAGAGCAUUUGCAGCUGGAGCAGACAUUAAGGAAAUGCAGACAAAAGAAUUUGCAGAGGUUUGGAAAGGCAAUUUUUUGUGUGAAUGGGAUUCCUUGUCCAGGUGCUCAAAGCCAGUGAUUGCAGCUGUUAAUGGAUUUGCGUUGGGAGGUGGUUGUGAGAUAGCCAUGAUGUGCGAUAUAAUCUAUGCAGGUGACAAAGCACAAUUUGGACAGCCAGAAAUCACUCUUGGCACAAUACCAGGAGCUGGAGGAACCCAGAGACUGUGUAAGGCAAUAGGGAAAUCCAAGGCCAUGGAGAUGGUACUAACUGCCAACAGAAUGUCAGCACAGGAGGCUGAGAAAGCAGGUUUGGUAAGUAAAGUGCUCCCUGCAGCUGAUCUGGUAAAUGAGGCCAUCAAAACAGCCGAGAAAAUCGGCAGCUUCUCCAUAAUAGCCACAUCUAUGUGCAAGGAGGCAGUUAAUGCAGGAUAUGAGAUGACUCUAAAAGAGGGACUUCAUUUUGAAAAGAGGCUGUUCCAUGCUACAUUUGCAACGAAUGAUCGUAAGGAGGGUAUGACAGCUUUUUCAGAGAAAAGACAGCCCAAAUUCACUGACAGUUAAACAAAAUUGUCCAAGGAAUACUGAUAUAGAACAUGAAUUUCUCAAUCAAAACAAAUCAUGAUUUUAAUGUCCAUUGUUCUAUAGUAUAUGCUUACAAAAAAUACAUGCAGUAGUUUUCAUUGGUUUAUAAAAUCAAAUGAAAAACGAAUAGACUGUGAUUACAUUUAAAUGUUUGAUUUAAGUUAAAGAUGGCAAUCGCUUAGAGAAUUGUUAACCGCAACCAGUUAACCAGAUAUAUAUAAUUAAAAAAAAUAUCACAGUAAUUUCUUAGAUAUUAAAACACCAUUACGAGCUUUUUAUUAUUAUUUUGUCGACAAACAGAUUGCGGAAUUUGUAACGGAUUAUUAUCAUUCCGACCAAAUAAUCAGUUAACCUGUUAAAGAUUGCCAUCCCUUAUGUAAUUUGAAGAGGAAUGCAGCAUUAUUUCAGAUGCCAGUAUGUCUGAUUAAUUAUUGUGUAUGAUGAACUAGCUUUGAAAUUUUCUGCUUGAUAUGCUAUAGUAUAUCUUUAUAUACCAACAUGUUAUGAUACAUUGUGAUGCAAACCAAUAAAGGAAACAAUGAAAA